AAAUGGUAUAAAUUUAACUUGUGAUCCUAAAAAUAUGUGGAUAAUGAAUAAAGAAAUUUCUGAGGAUGAUCUAUUAAAACAAUCUUCAAUAUUUUUGAGUUUUACAUUUCCAAGAGAAGUAAGAAUAUCAGGCAUAAGUAUUUGGAAUUACAACGCCUCAACUGAAUUAAGCUAUGCUGGUGUACGUUAUGCCCGUUUUUAUGCUAAUGGCCGACCGAUUAAUGGAUUGGGCGAUAUUUUAUUGAGAAGGGCGCCUGGUUUUGUUUUCUUCGAUUUUGUUCAAGAUGUUCUCUUCGAUCGUUGUACCCUGCAGCGUCCUUUGAGUUGCGCACGUCCACAAACACGCUCUGUUGCUGCAUUCAUUUUUCAACUUCGCCUUCUUUCCACUUGGGGAGAUGAAUUCUACAUUGGAUUAAAUGGAAUAGAACUCUUCAAUCGUCAAGACAAACUAAUACGUUUACACCCCCAAAAUUUAGCAGCCUUCCCAGAAAGCGUAAAUUGUCUAACUUCAGUAAAAGACGAUCCUCGAACUAGCGAUAAAUUAAUUGAUGGGUGUAAUGAUACAAAUAAGCCUUACCAUAUGUGGUUAACUCCAAUUUUACCCAAUUCGUGUGCUCGAAUAUUUGUGAUAUUUGAUGCGCCAACAUAUGUGACUAGAAUUAGGAUAUCUGCCGAUGAUUUAUUGCUUUGUUCUGGUGCGGAAGUCCCAGCUAGCAGUGCAGAAGCAACUGGUAUUUUGGAUAUUCCCUUGCGAGAUUUUGAAGGGGAAUAA